GCUUGGGGUAACAGACGUCAGCCGCCUGAAUAACCGAGCAUAUUGGCCUAUCACAAGGAAAUUUCCAAAGCUGAGAGACAGCUGUAAGGUCACCAAAAUGUCUACAACGGAGAUAAUCGACGAUAAAAGCCCUAUAUGCAUCCCCUUCAUCCUUGAACAGUAUAAAAACCACAGCGCCUCAAAUCCUACCAGCCCCUUUAUCAUUGGCCUUAAUGGCGUACAAGGCGCCGGAAAGACAACUCUAGUCACGGCACUGGCUUCAAAGUUGCAAGAUGGCGAGGGUUUGCGAACAUUGGUUUGCAGCAUCGAUGAUUUCUACCUACGACAUGAGGAUCAGGAGGUACUCGCAACAUCUCACCCGGACAACCUCUUAGUCCAGGUUCGAGGAGAGCCUGGUACACAUGACAUGAAUCUUGCCCGACACUUCUUCACAGCAUUGCGCGAGGGGCAGCCAAUAAGAGUUCCCCAGUAUGACAAAUCGGCCUAUUCGGGCAAAGGUGACAGAGUCCCGGAGUCGCAAUGGGAAGAGGUCAACGGCCACGGCCAACCCAAGAUUCAGGUAGUCAUUUUUGAAGGCUGGUGCGUUGGCUUUCGACAGUUAGACUCUGCCGAGGUGUCAAAUAAAUGGAAUGCGCCCAGUCGAACACUGAACAAGCAUUCUCUAGAACACCUGAAUUUCAUUAACGAGCGUCUUGGAGACUACGACGUCAUUACAGACACAUUUAAUGCAUUCAUCCAUAUCGAUGCCGAAGAUACUGAGUGGGUAUACGACUGGAGGCUAGAACAAGAAACAAUGCUGCGGAAGCAAAGGGGUACAGGUAUGACGGACGAUCAAGUCGUCAAGUUCGUCGAUGCUUAUUAUCCUGCGUAUGAACUCUUUUCCGACAGGCUGAGAGAAGGGCUGUUCUCGGACAAGCCAGGCCGUCAGUUGAGAUUAAUUGUCGGUAAAGACAGAAAAGUCAAGCAGACAGUUAUCAUUUGAUACAUGUGAGCAAGUGGGUAUCUUACCAAGUAACCUCUAUGCAUACCUAAUAAUCCCGACAACAUCGUUCAUCAUCUAGCACAGGGGCUAUUUUAGAUGAGCAAGCAUCGUGGAGCCAGCUAGUGUAAAGCAACGGUA